CGGCCACUCACGCCACCAUGGAUCCGUGCUUCCGCGCACUUUGCGUGACUUUGGCGCUGGCGUCUUUCGGCCGCGGGUCAGGUGCGCCCGGCCCGGUGAUCAGGUGCGAGCCGUGCGACGACGGCGCGCGUCUGUCCUGCAAGCCCCUGCCCGAGGACUGCGCCCAGAGAGUCCGAGAGCCGGGCUGCGGCUGCUGCCUGACGUGCGCGCUCGGCUUCGGCCGGCCGUGCGGCGUGUACACGGGCAGAUGCGGCGCCGGGCUCUCCUGCCGGCACCAGCCGGGCGAGACCAGACCUCUGCAGGCGCUUCUGGAGGGGCGAGGGGUGUGCGCCAACCGCACGAGCGCUCGACGGCUCGCGGAGGGACCGACGCCUCCGGUCAACGGACUGCCAGAGACCCUCGAGACUGAGGAUGAGGAACGCAACUCCACUGGCGCCCUCCUCCAGAAGAGGAACGGCGCUCACGGCAGACCCGCGGGACCCGUCAGAGCGCCGCUUAACCCCUUCCUGCCCUCCGCCAAGGCCCAAAUCCUACGACGGGAGCAGCAGAAGAGAACCGAGAGCUAUAAAAUGGAGGAAGUGCCUGGACCGCUCCUGACAGACCAACAGAACUUCUCCCUGGAGAUCAAACCGGAGCCUGAGUAUGGUCCUUGCCGGCGAGAGAUCGAGAGCAUCCUCGGCAGCCUCAAGAUGACGGACAUCCUCGACCCCCGAGGUUUCCGCAUACCAAACUGUGACAAGAGGGGCUUUUACAAGAAGAAACAGUGCCGUCCAUCCAAGGGCCGAAAGCGAGGCUUCUGUUGGUGUGUGGACAAAUACGGGCAGCCCUUGCCAGGUUUCGAUGGGAAGGAGCGAGGAGUCGUGCGCCAAUAGGAGCCCGAACGGGACGCCGAGGGAAGGGGAGGGCUGUAAACCAUCUGUAAACAAGCGGAGACACUGAGGAUCCCGGCAGAGAGCCGACACGUGGAUGUUUGCUCUUGCCGUGCGUUGGGACCUUUUUACACAAGAUGUCAAAGAUGGAUUCUUCUGGAACCUUGCUGACAAAGAAGAAGACUGGAGCAAGCUGAUCAGACGCACAGUUUUGCUGCCAUAACAACAACAACAACAACAACAACACUUAUUAUGCUAAAGCUGCAAGCACAAUGAACGGUGCCUCGCAUUGUCAAACUUUGACACCGUGCACAUUACACGCCGUAGGCAAAAUCAAUACAUCAAUAGGUCAAUACAUCAAUACAUCUUCUUCCGGCAAAUUCCCGAGUCGCAGUUUGACCAAGUAUGAACUCUGGAAUUGGAGCCCAAAAUGUUUUCUUUCAAACACCCGAUUCAAUCCAAUUCGCACGCAUACUUGAGACUUUUCUAUGUCCAUCAAACUUUGUCUCGAUCAUUGAAAGUGGUAUCGGAGCUAAUUUCUUUCAAAACGACUGAGCGUGGGAAGGCUCCUAUUCAUGACCCCGACAUUUUCACCCGGAAGCACACGCUUGCAAAAUGUGGCGCAUGCGCGAGCGUGGCGUGACCGACACGGAUACCGGAGGAGCACGACUGAGCGAGUUCUCUGGGGGUCGUGUUCGGGAACUCUCAAAUACAUUUUCACAAGCUUGCAAAAAAAUCGGUGUGGAUUUAAUAACAGCAAACGCGUCAAACCCAAGAGGGUCUUCGCACUAACCCUAACCCAAGAAAUCUUCAUGAAAAAACACGCACUCGCAUCCCU